AUGGCCUCUGACCCGACUGCAGUGCUGCAGCAACUUCAUGGUCAGAUAGCCGCAUGGGAUGCCGUGCAGGAUGAGCUGCUGCUGCGGGCGCUGCAAUCCUUAAGAGAUGGCAUUCUCAGGCGAGCAGAGAUUACAGAGGAGAAGCUGCAAAAGACGGCCCGCCGUGCGGAGGCUGUGGGCCUGAAGUUGCGCAAGGCCUCGUGUAGCCUGGAAGUCUUGGCACAGAGCCAGUUCCUAGAGCACCGCGUCGAGGCAGAGGAGGACAGUCUGGAGGCCUCUGUGGACGCACUGCCAGAGGACAUCUGGUCGAACUUAGACUUGGAGGUGGCACCCGAGGCUGAGAUCGAGGCGGUCCGCCGAGCCUUCAGUCUAGGUCAAGACUUUGCCCAGACCAAGGCGGACGAUGCCUGGCCAUCCCUGCCCUUGGUGAUUGGAAGCGAGGCCUGGCAUAGCAGCUGGGAUGCUCCUCAGUCGGUGGCGGAUUUCCUGGCAGACGAUGUUCCGAGCCCUCCGCAGCCAGCCCUCCAGGAGGACCACGAAGAGCAGGCAGAAGCACGGGAAGAGCAGUCACAGGCCGAGCAUGAAGAAGAUCAGGCACAGGAGAACUUGUGCGAUGAAGACGAGAGCCGCGUGCAACCCAAAGUGGUUUCCGAGGAGGCUCCCGGAGACUUGGUGUCCUCCUUGAAUGCGCUCUUCGCGAAACGAGGUGGCCCGCUGGAGGGUGAAGACGCCGGUCCUCCACUUCCCGUGCCUGUUCCGAAGGAAAAGGGGAAGGGCAAAGGCAAAGGCAAAGGCAAACCAGCCGGGAAGCCUGCUUCGAGGCCUGCGGCUAGCCUCUUCGAUGCAGACGACAGCUUACCUGUGCAAAGUCAGCCAAGCAGCUUGGGGCCAGCAUCACCACAGAAGAGCGGAACAUCUUCUCUAUUUGAUGAUGAGCCUUCGCCAGUACCAGCAGCCGCUUCGGCAGGGCCGACAGCAAAUCCGAAGGCUUUGGCCUUGAAGCCUGGCAUGUCGUCGCUCUUCGAUGAGCCGACCCCUGCUCCAGCCCACAAGGCAUCGCCUACAAAAAGUGGGGCAUCAUCGCUUUUUGAUGAUGAUGGAGAUGUGCUGCCAACACCAGCCAAGGCGCCUUUGACUUUGAAACCUGGAAUGUCCUCACUCUUCGACGAUGAGCCGGUCACCCGAGCUCCGCCCGCACAGCCAAAGGUGCCUGUGUCGAAAGCGGGAUCGCUUUUUGAUAGCGAGCCUAAACACCCAGCACAGCCGAAGGCACCGGUCUCCAAGGGCGGAGGGCCAGCGCUGAUCCCUGGGCCUCUGGUUCCGGCAAAGGCACCGGUGUCAAAAAGUGUGGCAUCAUUAUUUGACGAUGAUGACGCUGUGCCGGUACCGGCAAGCCUCAAAACCGUCGCGAAGGCGCCUGCGGCACCACGUGUCCACGAUCCGCUCUUCGACGAUGAGGAUGCCAAACCUGUGAAGCCAAAAGCCCAGGUCGCGGCAAAGGCAAGUGGAGCUCCUCCGGCUCCUUCGGCUUUUCCGGGCCCUUUGGGACCUUUGGGCCCCAGCUCGGGCCCGGCAUCCGAAGCGCCCCAGCCUGGCAAGAAAGCAGCAAGCCACGGUUUGUUUGACGACGCCCAAGCUUUGCCAACUGUGCCCAAGAAGCCGAAGGCUACCUCUCUCCUUUUCGACGAUGCGGAGCCUCCCCGGCAAGUCAGGAGUUCAGGCGAGGUUGCCCGUGUUGCGGGAGACCUGCCCUCAGGGCAAGGUGUGGGUCUGCUUGCAGCAGUGGCAGCUUCGCAAGCAGCGCCAACGCAGAGAGAGGUCGUGUCGGAAACCGAGCACCCCGAGGCAAAAGCAAAGCCGACGGCCAGGGCUCUUUUCGAGGAGCCAUCUGAGAGAUUGGAACCAGUUUCGAAGCCAGUUCCAUCAGCUCCUCUGGGCGGCUCUAAGCCAAGACCUGCGGCCGAAGCAUCUCUCUUCGGCGAUGAGCCAGAGUCGGCAGGCGUGAUGUCCCUGUUUGGCAACAAGCCUCCUCCUCGGCCAUCGGCGAGUGCAGUGGCGACCCUGUUUGAGGGGUCGGAGGCAGCUGCCACUGGCGGAGGUGGACCUUGCAAGGCCGAAACAGACAAGCCUGCCCAGCCUGCCAAGCCUGACAGAUCUUCCUUGUUCGGGGGCAGUGCCAGAAGUGUGAUGGCAUCCAUCUUUGAUGAUGACGACGCAAAGCCUUCUGCGACGUCCCUGCUCAGCAGACCGAGCCAAGCUGAACCUGUCGGAGUACCGGCAAGACCGGCAAGACCGGCAAGCCCUGGGCCUGGCCCCGUAAUGUCUGGAGCAGAUCCCCACGUUCACGACGAAGAUGCGAGCCUCGGGGCCCAGUCGGCACCCCAAGCACCGCACCAAGCGGCGGAGCCUCGGCUCUCGACCGCAACGCCUGCACAGCAGGCGCACGAGGAAGCUGCGACGGAAGUGACCCCAGCGCAGGCGAAUUUGGCGACAUCGGCGACUUCAGCCGAAGCUGGCCGCGACAUCUCGGUGAAGUCCACCGCCGCUGGUCGCUUGGCGGCCCUUCGACAGCGGAUCUCUUCAGGAUCAUCGGGCUCUGACAGUGACGCAGCCUGGGAGCCCAAUCCAGCCAAGCCAGCAUCCGCUCAGUCCGCACAGCCCGGUCUCUUCGGGACAUCUGCUGAUCGCAAAGAGCCGAACACAGGCCCUCCUCCCCAGCAGCGCUCGUCAGAGAAAGAGACCACACCUGCACACACUGCAGACCCCCCAACAACUAGCUCUGGCUUGUUUGCGGAUUCCGAGGUACGGUACAGUCCGCUUGUGCCGGCUUCUGACACACACGUCACGGAACCACCAACGCACGAGACAGAGCCGACUUCAACGGUUUCUAGGUUAGUGAAAGAGGAGCAAGAGGAGCAAAGAGCCGAACCCAUCUUGGCGACUACCAGUGGGCCACCGCCCUCCAGUGCCUCACACAGGGCAAGUGCCAGCGAAAGCGAGCGGCCCAGCCUGUUUGGCGGAGCCUCGAUCGGCCGGACCAUGAACAGUAUCUUCGAUGAUGAUGACGAUGUCUUCCUCAAGCCAGUCCCCUCGGGAAAGGCAGCGCCACCGCGAAGCAGUCUGAGUUCCUUGUUCGGCGAUGAGCCUGCGCCCAGCAAGGGCGUGCAGGCGGCACCAGCUUCCCUGACGCCGGCCUUGGCCGAUCCUUUGCGGACUGGCGGCCAAGGCCAAGGCCAGCCGAAGAUGGAGAGUAAGGGGGAGCAGAAAACUGAAGACGUGCAAAGCCCGUCGAGCAAACUUGAUCCACUGGGUGGACUGCGAAUGAAGCCACCCCUAUGA